UGAAAAAUAUGCCUUCAUGGUCCCAGAAAAAAUAGAGUUAAAACUGAAACAAUGAUACUGAAGUUAAACAAAGAUUUAGAGCUGUGUACAUGUACAGUGUAGUUUCCCCCCCAUUCAUAGGGGAUGUCAAGCUGGAUUGUGAUGUUUUGUAGAUAUAACGAGUAGCAGGGGUAAAUGUAGCAUAGGCAAAUUUAGUAGGGAUAAGCCAGGUAUAUUCAGUUUCCAAAUGGUCAAUUAAUACUGAUGCAUUUGUUUGUUCAUGGUAAUUGCAUUUAAGUCAUUUGUUAAGAACACUGCUUAGUGCUGAAUGAUAAGAAGGUUAAUAAAGUGUUCCACAACAAAACUUUGACAUUCUGAUAACAGGGUAGAAAAUUUCUGUACUCAAUUUUUUGCUCCUUUUCAGAUAAGGCUUAGCGUGUGUCUGACUUGAUGCCAUUGAUUAGAUUUUGACACUUGACCAGAGGAGAGAUUUGAAUGCGUUUUCUGCUGCACUCAAGAUGAGUUCAAAAACAAAAAGACAGCAGUCAGAAGAAGAACUUGAGUUUGAGUUUGAUAUCAACCAUGUCCAGUUCAACAACACUGGGAGAUUUUACCUGAAGUUAACUCUACAAAGCACAGCUGAUGCUGAGCUGAGUCAAGUCCAACUCAGGAAAAAUGGGAAGGCGGACAUACUACGGAGUAACGAAGCCUUCACUGAUGUAAUAUCGCAGUCUGGCCUGAAUCAGCUCUACGAAUUUACCAACAGAAAUUACACUUUUAUGUUCCCAAAAGGUUUCUGUACCUCUAGAAGUGAAGUGUUUCUGUUGGUGGAAGCUUUUCAUUGCCCUGACAGAAAUGAUGACCUGGGGAAGAAGGUUGGAGAUGCCAAACUGGUCAUCUACCCGAGGCCAGAGCUUUGGUCAGAUGGCCGUGCCAAAAGUGGUCCUCUCAGAGGGGAGAUAUACUCCAUUACAGAUGUAUUGAAUCUUGUGAAGACACUCAGCACUGAGAAAAUUCCAGUUCACUGUGGAAGACUGAAAUGCACUGCCACUCUCAGAGGGGAUUCUUCCCCUGUAGGUGGGCCUGUUGGCUCCCCAAGACCACACAAGGUGAUGGGUGGACAGCCGGACACCAGCAAAAUGUCUCCAGCAAGACAAGAGGCAGGCAGGAUGUCAUACUUUAAGGAAGAUACUGCUGAUAGCUUCAUCACCCCUGGGGACAAUGACUGGGUGGUUUUCCCCUCUCCCCCACCCACAGGACUUAGGAAACCUUUGAAUGCUGAGGUCGUGGAGUCCCCUUUGAAGGAUGGCAGACUAGAGACAAGACAACGAGGUCAAAGUUUGUGGAACCAUGUCGCUAAACCUGGAAAAGAACAGAUUCUUUUGAUUAUACAUGGUGCCAACAGUUUGCCCUCGAACAAAGAUGGAAGAAUUCCAUCUCCAUAUGUGACAGUUAAAACUCAAAGUGACCAAGAGCAUGGAAGAAAAGCCCAGGGCGUGACCCACCCCAGCAUACCUCCCACCCACUCCCCAUCAUGGGAGGAGGCUGUCACGGUGGAGUAUGAUGCUGCAGUUAGCAAAAAAGAGGUCCUGAUUGUGACAGUGGCAGAUAAUCCAUCAAAGCAGACCCUUGUUUCCUGUCGUUUGCCAAUCUUCUAUCUGCAGCCUUUCCAUCCGUAUCACUUAGAAAUGGUCAUGCCCUGCAGAGAUAUUCCCAGUGGUUCCAGAUUAUUUGUGUCCUUGAUGAGGAAAUCCAGCACUCUCCCCAGGGAUAUGUCUUCACCUAACUAUUGUGCCCUGGAGGUACUUCUGAGAUCAGUCCACCAGCCCUUUGUAAACUCCAGAGGUUCUGUGAUAGCUGUUGCGAGGGUGGUGCCUGACUAUCAUCAUUACAAACAGUCCAGUUUGUCCAGUUUCCCCAGGACAGCAGGGAUCACUCUUAGUACAGUGUCAUUUCCUUCACCUCACCCUUCUUCGUUUUCUAUUGCUCCACACCAGUCACAGGGGUACCCACAGGUGUCACUUCCCGGCUAUCCCCAAGAAAAGCCCGUAUGGAAUCAUCCAUUUCUGUUCAACAAUGUCCGGGACAAUGCCACUCUCUUCACUCCUGGUGCUGCGCUAGUAAUUGAGUUUUACUUUGCUUCCAUGGCACUGAAUGAGGUGACAUGGAGGGUGCGUAGUCCAGUGGGGUUUGCCACGUUGCUGCUGGACCAGCAUGUCUACAAGCAGCUGUCAACUGAGAGGGCUGGGAUGGGGCUCAGGGUGGAAGGACUGGUGAUACAGGGUUCAACAUUGAACACUUUUGAUGGAAAAAUGCCUGCAAUAAAUCUUCUGCUGAGAUUGAUCACCAACGAGAGACCGGAUUCCUUGGUAUCAGCAACAAACCCAGACAUCCUCCCAAUGUUGGACUUAACUCAUUCCCAUUCAGACUCUGAAACAGUCCAUGAACCAAAAGCAGAGAUUUUAACAGUGGAUCAUGAUGUAAAUGACACUUUGGGGGAGUAUUUCCACCAGGAGGAGCCCAGUAUACAAGACAGGCCAACAACAGUGGGGCAAGAACAAGAAGAUGACAGUGACUCAGAGAUGGAGCCAGUUCUAGAACCCACCCUCACACUCCAAAGGAAGAAAAAAAAGCCACUGUCUCCUCUCCAAGAUGGAGAAUUUCCUGAUUACAAUGCAAUGACGGCUGUGCUUCCAGAGUACCAGUACAUCUUCACUGACGCUGAUGAUAAAGAUGCCAAGGCUGGGAAAUCCAGGAAACCAGAGGGAAAUAAAGAAAGGCAAAGUGAUGACUUGGAGAAAACAUCCAUGGCUUUGCUGGACCAUCAAAUGAAAGAGCUAGAAAAUUACCGGGCAGCUAUUCACAAGAUGGGCGACGACAUUCUCACUCUGAGAAAACAGAUUAAGGACCUGGAGGAUCAGAACAGUGACUUGCGCAGACGUCUGAGCAACUAUAAUGAUGCCACUAAGCUCAUGCUGGACUCAGCUGAACUGGACGGAAUCUCAAAAGCUGAAAUCUGCACAAGAUACAUGUCACUAAAACAGAAACUGGCAAGUCAGACAGCGGAGUUGAAAAAUUACAAGGAGAAAGUACAAAAAUUACAAAAUGAUCUUAUUAAGAAAAAUGACAAGGAAAAAGAGUACAUCAAAAUGAACCAAGCCCACAGCUCUCAGCAGGAAGCCAUUCAGAAACUUCAGACUAAAGCUCAGAAGGUGAAAAAACUUGAAGAUGCCUGCCGACAACAGGAGAAAGUCAUUGAGAGGAUGGAGAAAUUACUGGACAAACAGAGUAAAGGAAAGUCAAAAGGCAUGGACAGCAGCACAGCUACGGAAGCCAAUGAAAUUUUGUUAGCCGAAAAUAGACGACUUAGGAUAGAAAUUGAAGAUCUGAAGGAUAGACCAAAUCCUGGCAAGGAGCCAGAAAAUGAUGUAGAGAAGCUUGAGCUGUACCAGGCCCUGGAUAAGGCAGAGGGCAGGAUUAUGUCUUUGGAAAAACAGUUGGCAGAGAACUCCAGACAGUGGGGGAAGGAACGUGCUGAACUGAUGAUAAAGCUGAACGAGGCCGAACAUGGUUUUGGGCGAAGCUCACAGAUGGUGCUACAUGAUUUCCCUCUGAAGUACCCUGACCAGGCCUACGAUUACCCAGAAAAGGAUGGCCCCUCUCGGAGAUUCUCGAAGGGCCCUGGACGUUCCAGGUACCCAGGUUCGCCUAAGCUAGAGCCUCUUCAUUAUAAAUGACAGGCAAGAGAGGCGGGAUAGUCUAAAGAUGGCAUUUAUCAUGCUGUUCAGGUGUGGUAACUCUUUUAACUCAGUCCAGGUGUGGACAUAAAAGCUAUCAAAGUGUGAUGUUAA